AUGGAUCGAGCCAGUCCAAUCCUUUCACUCCUCUGUCUCAUGCUUUUCUUCCAUGCCAACGCACAGCAGGCCUCGCAAUCGGCUGUUUCAGACAGAGAUGGCUAUAAGUUUACGCCAACUCUCUCUAUCUUCGUGGUAGUGGUGUCCUUUGCGUUCAUGAUAUCCUGGUUCCUCCUCUUGCAUUCAAGCUUCCUGCAGGGCUGGUGCAUUGAUGGUCAUUUCGUUCAUAAUAAUGAUAACAACAAUCCGAUGGGAAUUACAGUUACCGAAUCAAUGUUGCCUUUCUCCGGUCUUGAUAGGGCUGUGAUCGAGUCCCUCCCUAAGUUUCAGUUCUCUUUGCUGAGGGGAUUGAAAGAUGGGCUAGAGUGCUCGGUCUGCCUGUCCAGGUUCGAGGAUGUUGAGGUUUUAAGGUUGUUGCCAAAGUGCAAGCACGCUUUCCAUGUUAAAUGCAUAGAUAGGUGGCUCGAGAACCGCUCAAACUGUCCUCUUUGCAGGGCUAAGAUUGAAAUUAGUCCCGAGCAUUCAAUCCUCGUUGACAUGGAUGAUGCCAAGAGGCCAUGGAAUGGGACAGACGGACGGAGCGAAAGGAAGAAGUCCAAAGGUUUCCACAGGUUCAACCACCGGAUUUUUUUUCCCGAAGCCGCACUAAAGUACCGGUGGAGUGACGUGAGUUCCUUGGACUUUUUGCUGUUAAAUUCUGAAAUGAUCCAUUCAAUGUCAAGCAACAGAUCAUCCUUCCCUUCUUCCUUAAACAACAAGCAUCCAGUUCUGAAGUUCGAUGAGGGGAUGGACAAGAGAAGAUUGUUCGAGUUGGCCAUAAAUGGAAGACGUGAGUCGAGGUUAAAACCAAUCCCAACGGCGGCCUGCGCUUCAUCCUCAGAAACCGAAACUCUCCAGAGGAGGUCGAUGUCGGACAUAACAGGUGUUUCGAGAUUCGGCGAUGAGAGUGUGAAAGAUGAGUAUGGAGCCUCAUGUGGCUUGGAAGAACAGAGCAGUGACAAUAGCAACAGAGAGGAGGAAAGGGCGAGAAGGGUUUGGUUAGGAAUUGCCAGAAGAACUGUUGAAUGGUAUGGUAUGCUUUGGAGUGAGAGGUCUCAACUUACUGCCAUAGAAAUUGAGUGA